AUGAGCGCUGAGCCACGUGCUGUGAAGCAGCAAAUCAUGGCUGAGCCGGUGGAGCAGACCAAUCCAAAGAAAGUGAAGUGGCACUCGAUGCAGCAUAGUGGACCGAUCUUUGCGCCAGCCUAUGAGCGUUUGCCGAAGGAUGUGAACUUUUAUUACGACAAUGAAAUGAUUGAGCUGACGGAACAGGCGGAGGAGGUGGCCACGUUCUAUGUCAAAGCUUUGACGUCGCCUCAUGCACAGCACCCGGAAUUUAUUGAGAAUUUCUUUGGAGAAUUUCGCAAAUGCUUGAGCAUCGAGCAGCGUCAUUUGGUCAGGGAGUUUGAGCUACGCGUGGCCAACUAUCGCAUACGGCCGCCAGGAUUAAGCUGUCCACGCUCCACCAAGAGUGCCGCUAGUCUAACCAUGGGCAUGAUAAAGGCGCGCGUGCUGCCUGAGGAUGUGACCAUCAACUGUGAUGAGCUUUUGGAGCCGCCAGCGCCACCUGCUGGCCAUCACUGGCAUCAGAUAUUGCACGAUCACAGCGUCCAAUGGCUCUACGCCUGGCGCGAUUCGCUCUCUGGCAAAAUGGUCUAUGUGCAUGCCAAGCCUGAAAUUCCAAAGGUUCUGGCCGAGCCAUUGCCUAGCCGUGAGCAGUUCGAGACUGCGCGCAUUUUUCAGACGCGCCUGAUUCGCAUGCGGCGCGUAUAUAACCAGAUUAUGAUCUCGCCUGAGUUGCAAAUGCGGCAACUGGGCGUGGCACUCUACUGCAUUGAUCACUUAGGCAUGGAUCCCGUUGAUCUCUGCGCCAUGCGUGUCGACCAGGUCAAGCUGCAGGUGCGUCUGGGCGAGCGGAAAAACAUUUGGCACCUGCUGCCGCCGCUGAAGCCGCGACAGCACGAUAUCAAGCCUGGAGUCUACUACAAUUUGAGCGUCUUUAUAGACGGCAAGCAGCCACAUGAGCCAAUCUUCAGCGAGCUGACAGUUGAGAAAUUGCAAGAGAAUCUACGCUGCGUUAUGGAUGGACUGACGCCGGCUGUGUUUCGCAUUUGCAAUGCCUCAAGCAUGUUGGCGGAGCAGCUGGAAACGCUGAAGCCCGAUGCGAAGCAUGAGUGGCUACAGGGCUUGAUUGCUUUGCUCAAGGAAAUCCUUGAGCAAUACGAUCAACCUCUUUACCGAGAAGUCGUUGGCCAAUUUAGCAGAUUGAGCAUCAAACGUGAGCGACGCUUGCGUCAAUUGACCAAUCACGCUGCAGCGCUGCUCCAGUCCACUGCCCACUUUGUGGAUCCCAGAAUUAUUGUUUCGUGGUGCUUGCGUCACAAGCUUGACAUUGAUAAGCUCUACAAGACCACCAAGCAGCGCAAGACCAUCAAAUGGGCGCUGGAUAGCGCCACAAUGCAUUUUCGCUUUUAG